GCGCCAGGCGGGGCUUCCGGGAGGGGGCCGAGCUCCCCGGCCGCAGGCUCCGAGCCUCAGAGCCCGGAACGCAGCCGUGGGGGGCGCAGACCUGCGGGGAGGCCUGACGCUCCGGGGAGAGGUCCGCGCCUACCAGGCUGAGGACCAGGCUGCUGCUCCGGCUCCGGGGCAGCGAGACGAGCCCCUCCCCGCCCCGAGCUAUGAGUAGUGGGCGCACAGGGCUAAAGGCGCAGGGCAGGAGCAGCUAGGGGCUCCCUUGCCUGCGGACCCUUUGCACUGGGAUCACUGCAGUUUUGCUGGGGGCGGGGCGGCGGUUGCCAUCUGGUUAAAUCUCGGCUUCUGGCCGACUAGAACAGAAUCCGAGCCCCGCCCCUUUCAGGUUGGUGGAGAGGACCCUCCUGCCGCGGCCCCACGUACUUGCUCCUCCUCCCUGGCAUGCAGACUCUGGCUUCCCCGAGCCCUGGGAAAAGCCCCACCAGCUGGCAGAAGGCACCUCUCUGUGUGCACGGAGUGACGAAGACAGCCUUGAAGCCUUUGAACAGGAGCCUGGACUCAAAGAGAAUUUCAAGAGCGUGGUGGUUCUGCCGAGAAUGCUCUUCCCAGGAAAUCAUCCUCACCGGGUUCCGUCACUGUCAUUCGUGUUAAUGCACAGGGACUUGGUCACACCGGCACCUCCUGACCGUCUUCUGAGGAUGUGAACCCAGCAGGAGAACACAGCAUUGCCUCCCUGUGCCCCGCCUGCCUGCUAGGAUGUUCCUCAUGAAUGCCCCUCCAGUGGUCGCUCUCCAGUCCAAAUGGGAGGCCUUUGGCCCGCCGGGGAGCUUUAGGUUUCCCGGGUGCUUCUCCGAGUCGAAAGAGGCGGUUGCCAGAGCUUCAGUGAGUGCCAGGGUGCAGAUGCUCAUCAGCACGCUGCAGCGUGGGGAGGCCACCUUGGGCACGCAUGAUGAGCAGGCCACACAGAGAAGCCAAAGGGCCGAGAGGUGCCGGGAGGCCAGGCUGGCUGCCAACCCUGCCCUGCGCAGCGAGCAGCCUGCCUUUGCUGCCUGUGGCCUUGCUGCCCAUCGCCACCCGCCGGGCAGGGAGGAGGCUGCCGACCUUGGCCCCCUGGAGCAGGAUUCCGACAGUGACGAUUCUGUGGACCGGGACAUCGAGGAGGCCAUCCAGGAGUACCUGAAGGCCAAGAGCGGUGCUGCACAGCCCAUGUCCAGCGGGGCCCACCCCAGCGGGGCCACAGGCGGGGGCAUCAGAUGCAAACCAGAGCUUCUGCACAGCGGCACCCCACCCGCCCUGUGUCCCCCAGAAUUCGCCCUGGGGUCAGGCAGAGUUCCUGGCAGCCCUGGGGAGGCAGGUGGGGUCCAGGGCUCAGCCUCCCCAGGGAGUGUGAGCAGCGAGGACUCCUUUGAGCAGAGCAUCCAGGCAGAGAUAGAACAGUUUCUGAGCGAGAAAAGACAACAGGAAAACCAAAAAUGCGACGGGUCUGUGGAUAAGAAAACAGACCCAAAUGAAAAUUCAGCCCGAUCAGCGCUGAGAUUCGACCAGGAGCCACCUGUCAGGGCGCCGCCCCGCCACAGUCUGAUGGGCGCCUGUAAGGAGUUUGUCUUCCGCAGACCCCCCAGGUCCACAAGGGCGAGCACGGCGCCCAGCAGCCUCAGGCCUAAGGUGGCCACCGAGUCCGAGCCCCUGGGCAGCUCCAGGCCGGCUGCCCCCAAGCCCCAGGCAGCACAGAGCCGAGGUGGGGGCAAGAGGAGCUGCGGAGCUGGGAGGAAGGGCAGGCGCAGCAGGAGCUCGGCCCUCCAGCAGGAGGCGUCGGACUCCAGCAGCGAUGACGGCAUCGAGGAGGCCAUCCAGCUGUACCAGCUGGAGAAAACCAGGAAGGAGGCCAGCGGGGACCCACCACCAAGGGCCCAGCUCGGCGAGGAGAAGGGCCCGGACCUUCCCACGAGCAGCACAAGCAGCUCCCUGAAAAGUGCCUUUCCCGAAACCCCCAGGAGAGCACCAAGCAGGAGGAAGCCCGUGGCCCCCAGGGCCACAGACCCCAGCCCAGGGGGCCCGGACUCGGACGUCCUCUCUAAGCCUCCGAAGGAUGCCAGAGCUGCCGUGCCCCCCGCAAGCAGCACCACCAGGAGCGAGCCUGUGGAACGGGCCUCGUGCCGCGCAGACUCUUCGGCUGAGCUGAUGUGCGCUGAGGCCAUCCUGGACAUUUCCAAGACCAUCCUGCCGGCACCCGUGGAGGGCAGCGACGGGCCCACGUCUAUGAGCCCGCUCUUCUGUUCCCCGAAUGUGCCUUCACGCUCUGAUGGGGACAGCAGCUCUGUGGACAGUGACGACAGCAUAGAGCAGGAGAUCCGGACGUUUUUAGCCCUGAAGGCACAGUCGGGUAGCCUGCUGGCCAGAGCUGAAAGCUGCCCGCAGCCCACCCCAGGCCCAUUCUCCCCACUGGGCUCCAGCAGCCAGACCGGUGUCCCCAAAGCCCCUCUCUCUAAAACCGCAGACCUGCCUCUGGGCUGCAGAAGGAAACGGAGAGGUGGCGGGAAUACUGCAAGGUCGUCCACACCCAAGAAAACGAGGGAGGCGAAAGAAGGUACCCAGGAUGGCGACAGCAGCCAGGGGCAAGCUCAGCCUGGCCGCAGCGGGCAGGACCCACCUGGCCAGGGAAAAGCCGGUGAGACCCUGGGAAGGGAGUGCCAGGCCAGGGGUGGUUCUGUGUCGCAAGGCCUUGGGGGACAAGGGAAGGCAGAAGAAGGAAGGAGUGUGGGUGAGGGAGAGAGCUCUGAGGACAAGAGCAGCUCACUGGACAGUGAUGAGGACCUCGACACGGCCAUCAAGGACCUGCUAAGAUCCAAGCGGAAGCUCAAGAAGAGGUGCAGGGAUCCCUGGACAGCCUGCAGGAAGAAGGUCAGGUUCAGCACCCCUGAGACACAGCUGGUGCACAAACUGGGAGCCUGGAAGGACAGAGGCCCGCGGGUGCUGAGGAGCUGCCUGUCCACGUCCAGAAGGGACAGCAGGGCGUGCCUGGGGAGACGACCACCAGGUACCUUCAGUAGUACCACGGAGGGGAGAAAGCUGGGGGGCGAGGAUGCAGCCCCAGCUUUGCAGUCAAGGAGGAAAGCCCCCGAAGAGACUCCAUUCUCCAAGGAAACAGGUGCCCGUGACCAUGCGUGCUCUGCCCCCAGCUCCCUGUCUGAGGACAGUUCAGUGGACAGUGAUGACAGCAUUGAACUGGAGAUCAGGAAGUUUUUGGCAGAAAAGGCCAAGGAGUCCGUGAGCAGUUCAGCAGUUCAAGGAGGGAGCCCAGCCCAGCCAGAGGAGCUGUGCAGGAAGGAGCCGGGCCCCGCCCAGCAGCCCGGCGUGUGCACACGGAGCCAGAGGGCCAGGGGCGGCCCUCCGCCAGCCGAAGCACUAAGGGGCACAGAGAGGGCCGGGGGGCAGUGUGCAGCCAGCCUCUUCAUCCCGGGCGGGAAGGGCACACCCCGCAUGGAACACACUUCCCGCCUCCCUGCUGCUGCGGGCAGGUGUGAGCCCGCGGUGCCCAGGGGUGCCAGUGGGAACCUCUCUGCCAGGGGGUGUCCGGUGAGUAGGAGGAAUGUCUACGUCCACAAAGACCAGAGCCCGCCUGGCGCUGAGCCCGCUGCCACCGAGAGUACUUUUGGUCAGCUGCCCAGCUGUGCCAAAGCAGGAGCCGAGACCGGAAGCUCAGUGGGGACCUUUCACGUUAACUAUGGGAGCCGGAGCUUGCUGACCCCCAGCUCAGGACCCCAGGCUGAACUUGCCCUCCCCUGGAGUGACCUUGCCCACCAGAGCAGGCUGCCCAGCCCAUGGGCACUGACUCCAGAAGGUCGAAGUUCAGCAUGGACAGGGGGCCUGGGGGGUGAGAAAGAGAAGGGGACCCAGGGGCAGGCCAGGGUCCCGCACAGCCUCACCUCAGAGCCCAGGAAGAACCUGCCCUUUGCAGGCUUCUCUCCCCUGCUCUCCACCCAGCUGUUCCACUUUGGAAAGAGUGUCUCCUGGGGAGGCCAGCAGGCCGGCCUCUUCUGUCCCCAGCUGGGCCUGCCUCUGCAGGGCCCGUCCUUUUCGGCCUUCAGAGAGACCCAGGUGGGUCCCAGCCCUGUGUUUGGAAGCCCACACUUGCUCGUGAAGAAGGAUGGUGGGCACUGGCCAAGCAGGAAGGCCCAGGCAGGGCUCGGAUUGCAGGACAAGAGGAACUCGGGCUCAGAGGAAGAUGUCCUGGACCUGAGGUAUCGCCGCAGGGUGGUGGACAGGGACGACCAGGACCAGGAGACGCUGGGCAGUGAUGCCAGUGAAUGCAGCGACAGUUCCGUGGAAGAUGGCAGCCCCGUGGUGAAGGGCAGAGUCCUCAAGCUGUGACAUGCAGCCCGGCCUCGCCCCGUGGAGAGCCCGUGCGUGUGUGCAUGCAUGCCCGUGUGCACAGGAGACGCUUGGCUAAGGAGAGUGGAAACCAGAGUCCCCUGUACAUAGCCCUGUACAUAUGUACACUAACAAUGAAGCGAUGCUUUUAUUUAACAGAUGUGUCCUGGUAAAUAUGAUUUUUUUAGCUUUUUGUAAAUUAUUUAAAGUGCUGUAAAAAAUAUUUUUGGAAAACAUCAUCUUUUGAUUUUGAAGGGUGUUCCUAACUGCAGCUUUCUGUGGUCCGCACGGGAGCCGUAGAUGAGCAUGCAUUUUGUAUCUUACCGUCACAGCGAGGGGCUUCCUGGCCAGGACGCUGGCCAGUUGCUGGUUCAGAUAUUCAAGUCUGGGGAGGCGGUGGCCUGCCUCCCUCCCUGGGAAGCACUAACUCCCCCAGAGUCUGUCAGAAGUGCUUUUAAUAAGGGACAUGCCAGUCCCGAUUGGCAGAGCAAUUCUUCUGAAAACUGCAGUCACAGUCCUGGAUUAGUAAAAUGUUUCAAAGCACAGUGGCCAGCACCGGAACUGACCGGCCAGUCCCCGCCUCGUGAGACCCCGUGAGAUAGCGGUGCACUCUGCAGCAUGGUCCUUCAGUGUCCAGUCUCCUGCAGUCACUAGGGGAUUCCAACACCUGAGUAAACCUCUUUUUGUAGCAGAGCUGCUAUUGUCCUCUUUUGAUCCUGGUUCUGAGAGAUCACACCACAUAUGCGUUUUGACUGUCCUUCUCUUGAUUGUGCACAUGAGGGAAUAAGCACAGCAGUGACGUAGUUUGGUCCCCAAACACCCUGGCCGGAGCUCAGUGCUGGGACGAGCUUUGCGUACCUCCAUACCUGCCAUCUAGGAGCCGGAGCCCAUUGGGUCUGAUGGAUGGCAGAGCUAGUGCUGUCGAUGGCCUCCUGCAGCCCGCCUCCCUGGGCUGUGGCUGUGGCCGCUGGUCCUCUGGGUCAAGGCCAAGUGAUGCUGCCUCGGGUUCCUCAACUUCUGCCCUGCGGCACCAAGGUACCUGUGGCCACUGUGGGGACAGGCCGUGCUGGUCACAUGCCUUCCAGUCACCCCAAGUCCUGAACUCGGGUUCAGCUGCAAGGCAGUCUGCCAUGUAGCCAGAUGAUGAUGUCGCUUCUAAUGUGGAUGCAAGUCUUCUACACCUCAUGCCCCCACGGGUCUCCAUAGGAACCGGUUUCCCUGCCCAAGCGCAGAUCCUGCCCACAGGGAGCGUCUGGCGGGCAAAACUGCGGUCCUGAGCAUCCCCAUGUGCGUGUGACAGCUUCCUUGUGGCGUCUUUGUUCACUUAAGUGCUUAUGAGAAAAACAGCUCCGUGUAGUCCCUGUUCUGACUUUUAUUUAAUUUUUUAAAGAGUGCUUUUAAUUCUUGGAAACAAAAAUCAUCUUGUUUUGUACAUAAGAACUUUUUUUAUGAAUAAAUCAAGCAUCACCAAC